CGGGACCUAGAGAGUGGCGGAAGUGAUGUAGUGAAGCCCUCCUGGGUGACGUCGGUGCCCUCCCUCCGCCUGCUUCGUCACCGGCAGCCUGAGACAGUGAGAGAGACUAGAGUUGGGGGAGAGAGGACGGAGGACGGGUCGGUCAGAGUGAUCCGCAGUAGGGACAGUCAGAGGAGGCCGGCGGCGGUGGCACCAUGGGCGCCAGGGAGCAGAGGCUGGAGCAGCUGGGCUUCACCCCCCAGAAGGAGAUCGUCUACAACCUGCUCCUGCCCUAUGCUGACCGGCUGGACCGGGAGUCCAACCAGCUCCUGGCGCAGAUCAAGAGCAGCCUGGGGCGGGCUGUGCACCUGCGGGAGCUGUGGCCUGGGGUGCUAUUCUGGAGCAGGAAGCUAAACACGUAUAUACGGCUCUUCGGCAGAAAGUUCAGUAAAGAAGACCAUGUCCUCUUCGUGAAGUUACUGUAUGAGUUGGUGACUAUUCCUAAGUUGGAAAUCAGCAUGAUGCAAGGGUUUGCACGUUUGUUAAUAAGCCUUUUGAAAAAGAAAGAGCUCCUUUCACGAGAAGACUUGCAGUUACCCUGGAGACCAUUGUAUGAAAUGCUGGAGAGAAUAUUAUAUUCUAAGACGGAACACCUUGGUCUUAAUUGGUUUCCUAAUUCAUAUCGACAAGGCUUGUCCUCCACUAAAACAAUUGUGCUUAAUGUUUUACGUAGGUGCUCCGUAGAAGGCGUCUUGAAAACACUAGUGAAAGCCUGCAGACCUUAUUUCCCAGAUGAUGCAACGGCAGAAAUGCUUGAAGAAUGGCGGCCUUUAUUGUGUCCUUUUGAUGUAACCAUGCAAAAGGCUAUUAGUUAUUUUGAAUUAUUUUUGCCUACCUCCUUGCCUCCAGAACUUCACCAUAAAGGUUUUAGGCUUUGGUUUGAUGAAUUUAUGGGUAUGUGGCUUUCAGUUCAGAAUCUUCCUCAGUGGGAAGGGCAUCUAGUUAACCUCUUUGCACGCUUGGCGAAUGAUAACAUUGGCUACAUUGAUUGGGAUCCAUAUGUACCAAAGGUUUUCACCAGGAUUCUACGUAGUUUAAAUCUCCCCGUGGGAAGCGGUCAAGUGAUUGUCCCAAGACAGCUAACUAAUGCAUAUGAUAUUGGGCACGCAGUGAUCUGGAUAACUGCAAUGAUGGGAGGUCCUGUCAAGACCGUACAGCAACAUCUAACAGGGUUAUUCAAUAGCAUUGCCUCUUUUUACCACCCGUCUAACAAUGGAAGGUGGCUGUCAAAGCUUAUGAAGCUGCUGCAGAGACUGCCAUGCUCCGUUGUACGGAGGCUGCAUCGAGAGCGAUAUAAGAAGCCAUCUUGGCUUACCCCCGUGCCUGACAGCCACAAGCUGAGUGACCAGGAUGUAACGGACUUUGUGGAGAGUGUAAUGCAGCCCGUCCUCCUGGCAAUGUUCAGUAAGACUGGAAGCCUGGAGGCAGCGCAAGCUCUGCAGAAUCUGGCACUAAUGCGCCCGGAGCUGGUCAUUCCUCCCGUACUUGAAAGAACGUACCCAGCGUUGGAAACACUAACGGAGCCUCACCAGCUUACAGCAACGUUGAGCUGUGUGAUUGGGGUGGCUCGCAGCCUGGUCGCUGGUGGCAGGUGGUUCCCAGAAGGCCCAACGCACAUGCUACCUCUUCUGAUGAGAGCACUGCCGGGCGUGGAUCCAAAUGACUUUAGUAAAUGUAUGAUCACAUUCCAAUUUAUUGCAACAUUUUCCACUUUGGUGCCUUUAGUAGAUUGCUCAUCAGUACUUCAGGAGAGAAAUGAUCUUUCAGAAGUGGAGAGGGAGCUGUGCUCGGCUAGUGCAGAGUUUGAAGAUUUUGUGCUGCAGUUUAUGGACAGGUGUUUUGCGCUCAUUGAAAGCAGCGCUCUGGAACAAACACGAGAAGAGACCGAGACAGAGAAGAUGACCCACUUAGAAAGUCUGGUGGAACUGGGCCUGUCCUCAACUUUCAGUACAAUCCUCACUCAGUGUUCCAAAGAGAUAUUUAAGGUUGCCCUGGAGAAAGUUUUUAACUUUGCCGUGUCCAACAUAUUUGAGACGAGGGUGUCUGGCAGAAUGGUGGCGGAUCUCUGCCGCGCCGCUGUCAAGUGUUGCCCUGUGGAAUCUCUGAAGCUCUUCCUGCCUCACUGCUGCAGUGUUAUAACUCAUCUCACUAGUAAUGACGACGUCCUCCAUGAGGAAGAAUUAGAUAAAGAGCUACUCUGGAAUCUACAGCUCCUUUCUGAGAUAACCAGAGUGGACGGGGAGAAAUUGCUCCCCUAUAAAGACCAGCUUGUAAGGAUUCUCCAACGGACCUUACACUUCACUUGCAAACAGGGUUACACGUUGUCCUGCAAUCUGCUGCACCAUCUGCUGCGUUCCAGCACACUCCUCUACCCCACGGAGUAUUGCAGUGUACCGGGUGGAUUUAAUAAGCCUCUAUCUGAAUAUUUCCCAAUCAAGGACUGGGGUAAAGCUGGUGAUCUGUGGAACUUGAACAUCAGGUGGCAUGUUCCUUCAGCAGAGGAGAUUGAAUUUGCUUACUUCCUGCUGGACAACUUUCUACGGCCAGAGCUAGAUAAGCUAGAUCGUUACGGGACCGGAGAGCUUGAGAUGUCACGGGAUGAUGUUCAGCAAUGUCUCACCAUCGUACACAACUGUCUCACUGGCUCAGGGAAUCUUCUGCCUUCUCUACAAGGGGAGAGAGUAACUCAUCUGGUUACAAGCAUGGUAUCCUUGGAUGAGACAAAACUUUUUACUGGUAUAGACCAUGAUCAUUCUAGAGAAAACUACAGAGAAUCCAUUGCAAAAACACUCAGGAAGCUCUUGCACUACAUUCUUGACAAAUCAGAAGAUGAUACCAAGUCUCUCUUUCUAAUAAUAAAGAUUAUUACUGACCUACUGCAAUUCCAGGGAUCCCACAAACAUGAGUUUGACUCCAGAUGGAAGAGUUUUAUUUUGGUCAAAAAGUCGAUGGAAAACCGGCUCCAAGGGAAGAAGAGACACAUCCGGGCACUUUUGAUUGACCGGGUCAUGUUGCAGCAUGAGCUGAGAACAUUGACCGUUGAAGGAUGUGAAUACAAAAAAGUCCACCAAGACAUGGUGCGUGAUCUUCUGCGGCUGUCAACAAGUUCGUAUGGUCAAGUCAGGAGUAAAGCCCAGCAAGCAUUUUUCACGGCUCUGGGAGCCUAUAAUUUCUGCUGCCGGGAUAUCAUUCCUCUCGUACUUGAAUACAUACGGCCGGACAGACAUGACGUCACUCAGCAGCAGUUCAAAGGUGCCUUGUAUUGUCUGCUUGGAAACCACGGUGCAGUCUGCCUAGCGAACCUCCACGACUGGGAAUGCAUUGUACAGACAUGGCCGGCAAUAGUCUUUUCAGGUCUCAGCAAAGCAAUGUCUCUUGAGAAACCAUCCAUCGUUCGCCUUUUUGACGAUCUGGCAGAGAAGAUCCAUCGACAGUACGAAACGAUUGGUUUGGAUUUUUCUGUUCCAGAAAAUUGCAUAGAGAUUGCUGUUAUGCUUCAGCAAUCGCCCAGCCCUACGCUGAACGCCCAGCUGUCUCACCCUGAUGAACUAAGCCUAGCGCUGAAGAGGCAAGAAGAGAAGAACGUAGAGUCUGUACGCAAUUAUGAACGCCUGAUCAACACAUUGCUUGAUUGUGUUACACAAAGAAACCUCCCAUGGAAGUUUGAACACAUCGGCAUUGGGUUCUUGUCUUUGCUCCUGAGAGACGACCACGUUCUACCUCCUACUGCGAUCAGAUACCUGGUGCAGUGUCUGACUCAUGAUGCGCUUAUUGUGCGCAAGAUGGCCGUCUCCACUGUCGCUGGAAUCCUGAAGCAGCUGAAGAGGCCGCACGUAAAAGUGACCAUCUGCCCUUACAGCAUCAGCGGCUGUACCAAACCAGACAUUGUUCUGACCGGGGACAGACCCGACAACCAGUGGAUAAGUUAUGACAGUGCAAGCCUACCAAAGACGAAGGAAGUGUGGGAGACCUCCUGCUUUGUGGAGAAGACCCACUGGGGAUAUUCCACCUGGCCUAAAAACAUGCUGGUGUACGCACCCGCUGACCAGCAGCCGCCACUGGGAAGACCUAGAGAAGCCAUGUCUGAGGCCGAACAAAUAAUAUAUGAUCAAUUCACUGAGGAAAAAUUCAUUGAUCAGUUGAUCAAGUUUCUGUCUUUAGAAGAUCGAAAAGGAAAAGACAAAUUUAAUCCUCGCAGGUUUUGUCUUUUUAAGGGCCUGUUUAGAAACUUCGAUGAUGCUUUUUUGCCCAUCCUGACUCCCCACUUGGAGCGAUUGGUGGAAGACUCUCAUGAAAGCACACAGAGAUGUGUGGCCGAAAUUGUUGCUGGAUUGAUCAGAGGAUCCAAACAUUGGACGUUUGAGAAGGUGGAAAAUCUGUGGCGAUUUCUGUGCCCCCUACUGAGGACAGCAUUAUCCAACAUCACCGUGGAGACCUACAGUGACUGGGGCACAUGCAUUGCCACUUCCUGCGAGAGUCGGGACCCUCGGAAACUCUACUGGUUAUUUGAGCUGCUGCUGGAAUCUCCAGUUAGCGGGGAGGGAGGCUCCUUUGUGGACGCUUGCCGGCUGUAUGUUCUUCAGGGGGGUCUUGCCCAGCAGGAGUGGCGAGUUCCAGAAUUACUGCACAGGCUGCUUAAAUAUUUGGAACCUAAACUUACUCAGGUCUACAAGAAUGUCAGAGAGCGGAUUGGAAGCGUUUUGACUUACGUAUUCAUGAUUGACGUCUCCUUGCCAAACACUGCUCCCACCAAGUCUCCUCGUAUUUCGGAAUUCACUGCCCGUGUCCUUGAGAAGAUGAAACCUCUCAUGGAGGCAGAUGAGGAGAUUCAGAACCACGUGAUGGAAGAGAAUGGGGUCGGCGAACAGGAUGAAAGAACUCAGGCCAUUAAAUUAAUGAAGACCAUACUGAAGUGGAUUAUGGCGAGUGCGGGAAGGUCGUUUUGUACAGCUGUGUUGGAGCAGCUACAGCUUCUGCCUCUGCUGUUCAAGAUUGCACCUGUAGAAAACGACACAAAUUAUGAUGAGCUGAAAAGAGACGCAAAGAUGUGCUUAUCCCUGAUGUCGCAGGGCCUACUCUACCCCGAGCAGGUGCCCCUGGCUCUAGAUGUCCUGAAGCAGAUAGCGAAGAGCAGUUCCUGGCAUGCAAGAUACACCGUCCUGACCUACACCCAGACAAUGGUCUUCUACAACCUGUUCGUGUUCCUGCACAAUGCGGAGGCGGUGCAGGGCAUCAGGUGGCUGGUCCUGCAUCUAAUGGCUGAUGAGCAGCUGGAGGUGAGAGAAAUGGCUGCCACCACACUGAGCGGGCUUCUUCAGUGCAACUUCCUAACCAUGGACGUCUCUAUGCAAGAACACUUUGAGCAGCUCUGCAAGACGAGGUUGCCCAAAAAACGCAAGAGGGACAUGGGUGUAGCUGUGGACACCAUACCUUCAGCAGAUCUGGUAAAACGCCAUGCUGGUGUUCUAGGGCUCAGCGCUUGCAUCUUAUCCAGCCCAUACGACGUGCCUACAUGGAUGCCGCAGCUGCUGAUGGAUCUAAGCGCACAUCUCAAUGAUCCACAGCCCAUAGAGAUGACCGUAAAGAAAACCCUAUCUAAUUUCCGGAGGACACACCUUGACAAUUGGCAAGAGCACAAACAGCAGUUUACUGAUGAUCAGCUAGUGGUUUUGACCGAUCUCUUGGUAUCUCCUUGUUACUAUGCAUAACAAAGUGCACCAUGCAAAUGAAAAAGACUUUGACAUGAAGGAUGGUUCAGAUGUAUCUCAAGUAAAACGUUUUAAUUUCGGACUACCAUCUGCCCAACUAGAUGGACAUUUCUUUUUUUAAUUUAUUUUUGUUUUUGUUUUGGGUUACCGUAGAAGCCAGGCACCCGCGCAGUUUUAAUUGAUGAGUGACAUAUUUGUUUGUGAAAGGUUGACGUGCAUCCAAUGAUUUCAUUAAUAGACCUGUGAUAACAGUAAGACUUAUACGUGGUUAGGCUGUAUACAUAGUUUUGCCACCUAACACAGGGACACAAUAGAAAUUGUAUUUUUAAUUUUUUUGUAUUUUUUUUUUUUUUUUUUUUUUUUGCAAAUGUCACAUAACUGUAUAAACUGUAGAAACAUUGCAGUAGUAAAGCAUUGUACAGAUAGCAACCUUUUACAUGAAACUGGUUUGUAAAGAGUCACAUUGCAGACAUUUCAGCUGAGCUAAGGCUUUGUAUCAGGUGAAACGCCAUCUUUUUGUGUUUUUAAAUUAUUUUCACUAAUAUUUUUAUUAUUAUUUUUUUGCUUAGUAAAAAGCACUUGCGUUGGUUUCAUUUUAUGUGUGUAUGCAGGUGUGGGAUCUCUUACCUGGAAGCUAGUAUAUGCAGACAAACCAUUCAGUGUAAGCCUGGACUAGCCGCUACACGGUGGCUUAUGUCAUACACAGAUGUGAUCACCAAGUGUAAUGAGUGGGGUCAGGGCCAUAGAAUGGGGUGUGUGAGCGGGGCAGUUUCGCUGAGCCCUGGGGUCCCUGCACCUGUAUACGGCACCCUACAGCAAGUAAGUACCACUGCUCGCGCAGAUGCUCCAGGUAUACAACCUGCAGUGUGUGUGCAGCCGCCUGGAGCAUCUAGGCAGCGCUACACUGUUCUUUACCGGUGGUCCCGCCCCCUAGUGUGAUGUCGUGGUGGCUGGAGCCAGUAGAGGGCAGCACUGAAUGGGGUGAUCCCAGGCAGCAGUAUGUGGAAGAUUGGGAUAAUUGUAGCAGAUCUCAUAGCUGUAUGUGUGAGUAUGUAUGAUUGUGUGUAUGUAUAUGUGUGCGUGUGUAUGUAUAUGCACUCACACACAUAGUUAUAACACCUGCAUUUUUCUUUUCUGCAGCAAUACAUUAGUUCCCUCUGCUAUACUUCUGUUGCGGAUAUCAUAUGUUGCCAGGUACUUUGUACACGGAAAUAAGUCUAAUUUUUGGUGAACUCCGUAUCCCGCUUAUAAGACGUGUACUGUGUUCAUUGGAGAUCUCCUCUUUGAAUUGCAGUGAUAAGCACAGCAGAGAACUAGUGCAGUAAUUACCAGAUGUCAGCACACAGGUGUAACCUCUGUAGAGCGUAGUGCCAAAACUCAUUUCAAUUGUACACUUAGUUUAUUUUAAAACCCAAUAAACUGGUUGUUUGUAA